AUGUCAUCAAGUUUAGUUAUGGUAUUUAUUCAUUCAAUUAAAGUUAAAAUGUUAUUUUUAUCAUUUAUUAAUGCUUUUUAUUUAUUAAAAAAUACACAGGCUAAUGGUUAUAAAACUAAAAAGAGGGUUUUGGAUACAGAAGAUACCUUAUUGGGUGUUAAUGAUUCCCCACACAAAAAACAAAAGGUAUUUUUGAAGGAACUUGAAUGUUUAAAUCAGCAUUCCCAGUAUUUUCAAACAAACCCUACAAUUAUUCCAGAUCAAUUAGAUGAAGAGCAAAUUGAAGACCGAUAUCGAAUGAGUAUUUCUCAUUUGACCAAAUUACCAACACCAAUAAUUAUGGCUUUCACUCCAAACUCGAUGGACCAAAGUAGAAAAUAUCAUGUCUUUGAUGAUAGUUAUUAUGAAAAAUAUAUCCAAGGAUUUGAUUUCUUUCAACUCUUAUGCCGAAAAUAA